GCAACAGCAGAAGAGACCAUCAGCUCAGCUCAGCCCCUGACCGGGAGGGGCAACACGGGACUGCGAAAAGAAUAUAAAUAUCUCCCCUGAUUCGGUGUUGCAGACACAAACAAACACUCUACCUCUCUCUACAUCCUUCAACUCAAACCACAUCAUUCAAAAUGGUCAACAUUCCUUUCGCCGAGUUCCACGAGAACGCCUACAAUCAGGUCCAGGAGUCCCAGGGCCACGAGAACCAUCUCACCCACGACCUCAUUGGUGGAGCUGCUGGCUACGAGGCCAUCAAGAUGUUCAACGAUUACCAGGCCAAGAACGGCAAGGUCGUUGAGCAUGCCCAGGCCAAGGAGAUCAUCGGUGGCUUCGCUGCCGCCGCCCUUACCGGUCUCUUCGAGACCAAGGGUCUCGACCAGAUUGACAAGCUCAAGGCCCAGCACGAGGCUAAGAAGCACGCUGAAGAGGCUAUCCGCCCCCACUACGAGUAAGAGGGUUUCGUUAGACAUUCUCUCUUGAUAUGAUCUCAAUGAAUUAAAGAACAAAUUACUUCAAAUCUGAUGACCUGUAGAACAACCGUACGGCGAGGGAAGU